AUGCCUCCUGCUUACAAGCGCCUAAACCGGGACCAGUGCGUGUUCUUGUUUAUUGACCACCAGGCAAGUCACACUCAGACGGGUCUUAUCCAGUUGGUGCGUGAUUUCGAGCCGACUGAGUUCCGCACCAACGUGCUAGGACUCGUCAAAACUGCUAGCUACUUUGGAGCACCUACUGUUCUCACUACUUCAUUUGACACUGGGCCUAACGGCCCAAUUGCCAAGGAAAUUAUUGACCAAUUUCCCCAAGCUCCAUUGAUCAGGCGGCCUGGACAAAUUAACGCCAUGGAUAACGAGGAUUUUGCGAAUGCGGUCAAAACAACUGGCAAGAAGCAAGUCAUCAUUAGUGGUGUUUUGACUGAAAUAUGUGUAGCUUUCUCCGCUCUGACCUUAGUCGAGCAGGGUUACGACGUCUUUGUUGUGACUGAUGCAUCGGGGACCUUCAAAGACCACACCAGAGAAGCAGCCCAUAAGAGAAUGGCCCAGGCAGGCAUCCAACUUCUGAAUUGGGCUGCAGUUUCUUCGGAACUCCAGCGCGACUGGCGCCGUGACAUUGAAGGCUUUAGCAAUAUUUGGACUGACCAUGUUCCUGGAUAUUGGUGUUUGAUGCAAAGCUAUCUUACCUCAUCUGGUGAAAGUGGCAAAUAA